CUGCGCGCGGCCUCGUUGGCCGCACAGGCGCAGUGGAGCUCGGGCGGAGUUGUGGGAGUGGAGGAGGAAGAGGCGGUGGGGGGUACGGGGGCUGGUCCCAGAAGAUGGCGGAGGCGGGGGAUUUCUGGUAGGUCCUACUUUAGGACAAGAUGUGGUGGUACUGUUGAAGCGUCAGUCUUUGAUUCACAGACAGUUGAGCUUUUCAGCUGGGAAGCCUUUCCAUUUUUUUUUUUUUUAAACGGCUUACUGAACUUAUGAAACCAUGGCGGAAGGAGAGACAGAGUCACCUGGGCCCAAAAAAUGUGGCCCAUAUAUCUCAUCUGUCACUAGCCAGAGUGUGAACUUGAUGAUUCGAGGAGUAGUGCUGUUUUUUAUUGGAGUAUUUCUUGCAUUAGUGUUAAACUUACUUCAGAUUCAGAGAAAUGUGACGCUCUUUCCACCUGAUGUGAUUGCAAGCAUCUUUUCUUCUGCAUGGUGGGUACCCCCAUGCUGUGGCACGGCUUCAGCUGUGAUUGGGUUAUUAUACCCCUGCAUUGACAGACAUCUAGGAGAACCACAUAAAUUUAAAAGAGAGUGGUCCAGUGUAAUGCGGUGUGUAGCAGUCUUUGUUGGUAUAAAUCAUGCCAGUGCUAAAGUCGAUUUUGACAACAACAUACAGUUGUCUCUCACACUGGCUGCACUAUCCAUUGGACUGUGGUGGACUUUUGAUAGAUCUAGAAGUGGUUUUGGCCUUGGAGUAGGAAUCGCCUUCUUGGCAACCCUGGUCACUCAAUUGCUAGUAUAUAAUGGUGUUUAUCAAUAUACAUCUCCAGAUUUCCUCUAUGUUCGUUCUUGGUUACCAUGUAUAUUUUUUGCUGGAGGCAUAACAAUGGGAAACAUUGGUCGACAACUGGCAAUGUAUGAAUGUAAAGUUACCGCAGAAAAAUCUCAUCAGGAAUGAAGAAGGCAAAAAAUAUCUUUUCUACAAAAAAGCAAGAUGAAAAGGAUGUGAAGUGGUAGAUAUACCAACAAAACUUCAGACUGUAAAAUUGCCAGGAUGCAGUUUUUCCCUUGAUUGGCGUGUGUGUAUAUAUGGAUAAAUAUACACACGUACACACACAUAUUACUGCAAUCUGUGAUUGCUUCAUCUGUAAAUCAGUUGCAAACCUUUACGUAUUUGACUUAAAUAACUGUAAGAUAUAUAUGUACUACAUUAAAAAGUGUUGAUUAAUAGAUGAAAUUUUUAAAUUAAUUUUUUAAACAUGCCACACAUUGUUUCACAAUGUUAAUGUGCCAAAAUAUUGUUCCUGUCAUGCAGAGUGUAAGAAUGCUUUGAACAAUUUGUAAACCUAGUGAAAUAAAAUAAGGAGAAAGCCAAAAACAAACAAACAAAAAGCAUAUGGGGAGCUGGUAUUUUCUCUUUAGCUUUACUGUUGUGCCUUUUUAUUUUUCUAAUCACAGCAGUAUGAGUUAUGAGUGCCCUAAUUUGUGGUUGGUUUCUAAUUUAAUGUUGUUUCAUAGAGUUUGGAAUGUUUUGAUACAGGGUGAGAAUGGACUUCUGGUUUCAAACCUGCAUUACUGGAGACAGCCCAAAGAGUAAUUUUCUGUUUUGACAGAUUUUACUGGAAGUAUAUGCUAAGCAAAAGAGGUUAUCAGCAUUAAAUUGUUUUGGUUCUAAAUUUGGAACAGUAUAUAUAAUUAAAAGUAAGGACCACUAGAGGAUUUAAUUAGAAUAAAUACAUGUUUUGGAACUACAGUGACUUCUUGCAGUGCCACAAAAGUGCAAAGUGGUAUUAGCUGUCAUCUGCAAUAUAGAAUCUCAUUGCUUUUGCACAUGGAGCAUAUAGGAAACUCCAAACAGAUCAAAAUGAGGUUUCUAAUUCUGUUGGGUUCUGUCAUCUAUUGGGUUCUAUGAAGCAAACCACUGUAGCUUUAGCUGGGUUCGGUCAUAUGACUCAUUUUUAGUGGAAUGCCUAGUUUUUCAUCUUAUAUGCAAUCUGGGGAGUGGAUGGGUACAUAAUUUCUUAUGUAUUCAUGUGUCCAUUAGUGAAUAGUUCAAGUCUGUUUAAGAAUGUUUUGAGAUGGCAUUCUCUGCAUGUUAAAGAUCUUAAUGGCAACCAGCACCUCUUAAGUAUGGUUUAAACAUAUUCUUAGCUAAUUUUUUUCCAUUAGUUUUUGAAAUUGAUGGCAGUUGUCUGAUCCACAAGGGCAAGAUCUGCUGAGUACUCUAGGGUGUGUGUAUGUGUGCAUGCAUGUGUGCGUUGGAGUGAGUGAGUGAGAGAAUGUGUCUGUGCAUGUGCCCAUGCUUUCCUAGAAUGUCAAGUAGAUAUUUUUACAUUUUGAGUUUUAAAACAAUUGCUAUCAGACUGAGAUCUUGUAUGCCAAACUUUAAUCUGCUUUUAUGUUUUCAGGCUGAGGGUGUGAAAAUCCUAAGAGGAUUUCAUAUUGAAUAUGUGUACACAAUCUUAACUAUUGUGGUGGAAAACAUACUACUAUAAUUUAUUAUUAUAUCUUCCAGAUAAUGUUAUUCAUUUAGAACAAAUAAGGUAUAUUUUUUAGAAUCAACUUUGUAAGCACUGUAAAAUCUUUAAUAAGUUAUAAGGUCUAUGAUGUGUUUACUUUAAAAAUUGCUGUUGAAAGCAACAUGUAUUAAAUACAUAAUUAUCAUCUGGGUUAAGAGUCUGUUUUUCUUUGUGGUAAGUCUUAGAAUAUGGUACUGUGGAUUAAUCUAAUGAAAUUAACAUGUGUGGUUGAAGUUACCAAGAAAUAAUGAAAGGAAACUAAAUACAAUUGACCCUGGAACAACAGGAGUUAGGGGCACCAUUCCCCAACAUAGUUGAAAAUCCAUGUAUAACUCUUGACUCCUCUGAAACUUAACUACUGAUAGCCUACUCUUGAUCGGAAGCCUUACCAAUAAGAAACAGUUGAUUAACAACAUAUUGUGUAUGGUAUAUGUAUUAUAUACUGUAUUCUUACAAUAAUGUAAGCUAAGGAAAAGAAAAUGUAUUUGCUCUUUGUUAAGUGGAAGUGAACCAUCAUAAAGGUCUUCACUCAUGCUGUCUUCACUUUGAGUAGUAGGCUGAGGAGGAGGAGGAGGAGGAGGAGGAAGAGGGGUUGGUCUUGCUGUUGCAGGAGUGGAAGAAAAUUUGCAUUAUUAGUGGACCCACAUAGUUGAAAACCACGUUUUUCAAGGGUCAACUCUAUAUAGUAUUGGUGAGAUUGAAUGAUUAUCAUUGGUGUUCUUAAAUUAUUUUCAGGUCAUCUAGAAAAUAAGAUAAUUAUAGCAAAAUAAUAAAAUUGUUUUGAUAUUUUGAUAAAUAUAUAAAUGUAUAAAACCUAUUUUUUUCAUUGAAAGAAAAUGGGAAACAUUUUUUAAACAUUGCUAGAUUGGUAGUGCUUUCUUUGAUUUUUCAAGUUAUAGAAAUUUGCACAGUUGAAAACUGGGGAUAAAUUCUACAAAAGUGCAAGAAAACAAUUCAAAUUAGCCAGAGCCCUGCUAAAACUUUUAAUGUAAAAUUUAUUUAUUUGCACUGAGCUGUUUUACCUUCUUUAAGAACAUUUGGACCUCUCAAUGAUGCAUAUGUUUCAUACAUCUUGUAUUGUCCAGGCAGAAGCCAGACUUGGUUAAUAUCAAUAAAUACUUCUGUAUUCCU